CUUUGUAGCUCAGUCACUUUGAUGUGUACGGACUAUGCUCAGCUCCAGGCCUUCCCCUUUCAGGACUCGCUGACAGCGAUCAUCAUUAAAUUAACAACUAUCCUUUGCCAGUAAUCUACCGUGCAGCUAUCACAAUCCAUAGUACCUGGUAGUCUACUUCUUUCUCUUAGAGCUCGAGCCCACGAUUGAAGAUCCUCGGCAACGUGCACAAUUCUUGUCCAAGUCUAUAUCGCGAAGACAAGAAGGCUGGAUUCUGGCACUUCAGCCAUGGACCUCGUCACCAGUAUUAAUCGUAGCCACGGCCUCGACGACAAUAUCAACAUACGGCCCCCGGACGACCCAAUCGUCGUACUUCGGGGUAAACUGGAGAGAGCUUGUGAACGCCUGUCGACGGACCUAUAUAACACGAAAACCCACUUUCUUCUCGAGUUCAUACAGAAUGCAGACGAUAAUAACUACGAUGCCGAUACUAUUCCGACGUUGCAAUUGCACCUGGAGCAACGCCGGAUGAUAAUCAGAUGCAACGAGAAAGGAUUUACGGCGGAGAACGUAAAAGCAAUUUGCGAUAUAGGGGGUAGUACAAAGAAAAAAAGUGAAGGAGAACAAGGAUACAUCGGCGAGAAGGGGAUUGGAUUCAAGGCUGCCUUUGUCGUUGCAUCCCAAGUCCACGUCGCAUCCAAUGUUUACACAUUCAGAUUUGAUCGAGACGCACAGCUUGGCAUGAUAAACCCGAUAUGGGAUCAGACGCACCAGGUGGAACCGGGCUGGACAACAUUCCGGCUGGAUAUCGCUCAGGAAGAACAUCUGGGAGAACUGAGCGAGCAGUUACGCGACUUUCAGCCUUCCCUAUUACUCUUUCUCCGCAAAUUGCGUUCAGUCGGAAUGCGUGUAACCCAGAACAAGUACCCGUUUACGAACGACAUUAUCAUCUCCCGAAUUGACCCAGCUCCAGACAUCAUGGAGCUCGAGCGCGUGGAAAGUGGACAAUCUGUCUUCAAGUGCAGAUAUACCGUGGUGAAGCAUGUCGUUCCAACAUAUGCUGGCGAACCGAAGAGAGAAGGCAUCGAGCAGAGCGAAAUCGUUCUAGCGUUUCCAGUAACACUCGAAGGGGAACCAAUCAUUGCCAAUCAGCAUGUCUACGCUUUCCUCCCUGUGAUCAAGUAUGGAUUCACGUUCGUCAUACAGGCCGAUUUCCUCACGUCAUCGAGCCGAGAGUCCAUUAUCAUAGACUCUCAAUGGAAUCUUGCAUUACUUCCGGGGAUCGUCACUACGUUCUUGAGCGCUGCGAACCGAUUUCAGGAGCAUCCGGUUCUCAAAGACACUUGGAUUCGGUUCGUCCCAUUGGAAGUGAAGGAUCCUUUCGGCAAAAUUGCGGAUCAUAUCGCGUUAUUGUUAAGAACCCGUCCAGUCUUGCGGUCUACUGAUGGGCUUCUUUCCCACCCCGAGCGACUCCUCAUCCUUCCGGAAUAUCUAUGCACCAAUGAUGGAAAGCCUCUGAUACCUUCGACGUUCUUGGCUAAAGGCCUCCGGUAUUUGGCGAAGACAUACGAUGCCUCUCGCGAUAUCAUGUUCCUGACGCGCUUGGGCGUACGAACCAUGUCUGACAUCGACUUCAUUGAAAGUCUCACUCGAAUGGAUCACGCGUUCCCACGCCAGUCCGACGAAUGGCACGAGGCUGUCUGCGACAUUAUGUUCAGAAGAAUGCCAAGGCUGAAUGGGAUAUUCCAUCCUGCGAUUAUGGAACUUCAGCUCCUUCCUCUUAGUAAUGGCUCCUGGGCUGCUGCGAAGACCGCAGCGGACCACGUCUUCAUCUCCGAUCUGGAGGGCUUCGACGAAUUGCAGCUGUCAAGUAUCAGAGGAGGCAUCAAAGAAACAUCAACGAGAUAUCGUCUCUACUCUGCGCUAGGGGUCAGACGAGCAGGACCGGCCGUGGUCGCGGAGCGGAUUCUAGAGUCGAAGGCGCCGGCCUCGCUCGAAGUGUUGAUUGUUUAUGCCCGAUUCUUUUUUGAGCAUCGCCGAGCUCCUGAUUUUCCUUCUCCAUCCGCUCUCCAGGUCAUGGAUGAGGAUUACUGUAUAGCUCACGCGGAUGAGUUAUAUCUGGAUCUACCAGACAGGAGGAACCCACUCCGCAGCAUCCUACCGUCGACUAGCCGUUUCCUGCAUUCGGCGUACAGCGACGCUCAUCAAGACCGCUAUUGGAUCCCCUGGAUCCAGGACAGUCUCGGUGUGAAUACAGCUCCACGACUAGUUUCCGGACAACUUUCUCUAGAGUUACAGCAAAUGACGUGGUCGCUGGAGACCCCGAGACUACUAUCUGUCCUGCGAGAGUAUUGGCCUCAGCUCUCUCGCAUUAUUUCUCCACAAGGCGUAUCCCAGCUAUCCCGGAUCAUUGUCUCUUGCGAUGAUGGCAGACAUCCGCUCAGCAGCACUGCGUUGAGGCGACAUGCCUUGCGGCGCAUGCGUAACACUUACCUGCACUUCCUGCCAGCGUCGGACCCAAACGAUGCCGGAUGGGACUUCCUCGCGGAGUUUGGAGUGAUGACUGAAGUAAAUCUGGAGACCUAUAUCAAGAUACUCGUUCGACUCCAGAAUGACGAAUGCCAAGACGAGGACAUGGUUACGGAAAUCUACAGACAACUUGACGCUAGGUUUCAUGAAAAUCCGACAGCCCUUCAUGUUGCCUUCCACCAGCACCCUCUUCUAUACGCCUCGCGAAACCUCAAGGAAAACGAAAGGUCAUGGGUAGAAUUCAGCGACGUCUAUUGGGACGGACCGCCGUCCAUGACUUCGAAGGCCACUCUGAAGCGUCUGUAUCCGACUUUGGAAGAUUUUUUCCGCAACAGACUAAGCAUUAAGGAUGCGCCCCUCUGGAUUCUCGUGAACGAGUUCAAGGAUCUAGCAAGGCAAUGGAAGGGGCAUGUUCUCCCCCCCUUGAUUGCCGCGAACGUUGAAGACAAGAUACUCGACAUUACUGAUUACCUGGUUGCAGAUCCAGCUGUCGCAUUCACCAUCCAUGAGCUCGCCAUGCAGCCGAUCUUCCCUGUGCAUAUACCCAACAGGGAAGGUCAGACUGUACUCAAAGCGGCCGACGAAUUCUAUGUCCCUGACAGGAAUGGCAAUCUUGCAGACAGGUUCCGGGACAAAGUGCUUCUAUUGGCUGUCUCCCCAACGCUGUCACUCGUCCGCAUACAGCCGUUGCUCGAUUGCAAUAUUUGGAAUCAGCCCAUCCGAUACCUUGAACAUUCCAUCUUAUCGAAGAUGUCCGCGUGGGGCAUAAGAACAAUGGAUGAAUCUGCAGCUGCAGAGUAUAAAUGUAGAUUAGAAUAUGUCGAGAGAGAACUUUAUCACAAGCGAGGCGCAAGAAUCCCACCCGACCAGUCCGCGUUUUUGAUCAAAUUGAAAGAUAUGAGAAUAGAGAUUGUCGACUCGAUCUCCUCAACGCUCACCUUGGGAUGUCACAUUGUCCACGAUACCGCCAAUUCUUCUAUCGAAGAACAUUCUGACCAUGUCCGCGUGCUUGUAACGAAAGCGUGCAGCGUCAAUUCCAAGAAGCGCGACCGGGAAGUUUGCAGUCGACUCGCGGAGCGUCUUAGCUUGGACAGGAGGAGGCUGCAGCAAUUCAUUGACACGGAGUUGGAUGAUCUUGGAGCAGACCUUGAUGAAGAAGGCAUUACGAGUAUUCCAGCAGAAUACCAGCUUCUGCGAGAUCACUCUCCGUUGGGCACAGGAAUUGUCGAGGUCGCUGCUCACGAGCCUCUGACAGAAUCAUCAGAUGACAAUCCCGACGACACCGAACCUGCUACGCCUGAAGAUCUUCCUGUUCGUCGUGAAACUCUUAAACCGCUCCUUUCCCGUCUCUCAAAAAGAGCAAACUCGGAAUCAGAUGGUAUGGCGAUACGGAUGCUGAAUCUCAAUGACAAUGCCUCGAAAUCUGAACCCGCCGUCACCCAUAUGCAUACUUCGAGCUCGUCUAUGCACAGCGAUCGUUCCGCUCAUGACAAAACAGCGGCCAUUCCUAUCUCUGUCGACUCAGGUGGACAGAAGGCUUCAAAGGCUGCGAAAGCUCAUGGGUUGAAUCCUCUCGGAAGCCCCUUUGUUCCUCGAACUUCUGUCGCUCCUAUUGCCCUCCCUACUACGCAGUCCAAGACAAUGCCACAUGCCGUGGACAUUCGUAUGCCCCAGAAUGAAGGGUCCCCUCUUGCAUCUAUUUCUGGGCAGAUGCACCCCGCAGGUCUCGUCACUCACGACAUACAGGCUGGGAGCCAGAUUGCAAUGGCACUGUAUGCUCCUAUGGGUGCUGGGGCAAAUUCUGCACCUAGUGCACACGGGCUAUACCACGGAAAUGUCGCCAUUGCGCCUUCUACUGAUGCUGAGCGUCUGACAGGCAUACAAGGCGAACUAUAUGUCUUUCAUUUGCUACACUCUUUCUUGGGUCCCGGCUUCAGAGAGGCGAAUUGGACGAGCGAGCUUCGCGGCGAAGUACAGGGCUUCACCACAUAUGAUGGUGAUGCGCUUGCGGACUUCAAGUAUCUAGAUAAGAACGGUAUCCUCACAGGUUUGUGGUAUGGGGAACAAGUCCGAAAAGCCUGGGCAAACAACUGGCCAACGUACCACAUAGAGGUCAAGGCGACCGGUGGGCUGGUGCGCGAGCCUUUUCAUGUGAGUCAGAGGCAGCUCUAUCAGGCACUGCAUCUGACCAACCGUGCGAAUUCUUUGGAUCUUACUCCGACGGACGUCUAUGCCAUCAUCAAUGUAUGGGGGUUGCGCACUAGGUCGCCGUCCUAUGCAGUGUAUCUUGAUGUGCACCGCUGUAUCUAUGAUGGUCGAUUGGCGAUUCAGACGGAUGUUUACUUGUCAUAGGUGUGACCAUGUACCAAGAUGUACGUUAGAUCGGAAUGGUAGCAGGAUAUUUUGCUGGGGAUCGAAUCAUACCAGUCAUGCUGUGGCGCGACCGGCAUGACAGUCUGGAGUAUGUGAGCAGCUUCCCUCUGCUACUAUAUUGGAAAGGACUGGUAGAACAUUCACUGGCGUGCAUGUCAGCAUGUAUCAAGAAAGAGCAAGGGCUAUGAUAUUAC